UAAACCAAUAUUUUCCAGAGAAAAAACCUCCCGGGAGAAUCAUAGCACCACGUCUGCAGAGGGAAGAGGAGAUGGGGUCAGAAUAAGCAGAAUAAAGUCCAGCAAAGAGGGGAGAGAACAGGAGGACAGAGAGAGGAUCUAUUAGUGUGGAAACAAAGCCUGCAGCAACAUCAGGAGCGAAGCGCAGGCAGAACUUGGACAUCCCCACAAACCUCCCCUCCUCCCCUCUGACUUCCUGCCAAAUUGAUGAUGUUUUGACAUAAAAACAAGGGGGAAGAUCGUGCGGACGUGUACAAGAACAUCUGGCAAAGUUUGUUUUCUGCAUCUUUUUGUGCGUGGUGUGAUGAUACCAGAGGUGAGGUCGGUGGUCCGGCUGCUGCUGCUGGCGCUGGUCUGGGAGCUGAGAGCGCAUGGAGCGACGCAGCGGCAGGUCAACCCAGAGUCAUGGCUGCAGCAGUAUGGUUACCUUCCCCCAGGAGACCUAAGGACUCACUCCCUUCGUUCCCCUCACUCCCUAUCCUCAGCCAUCGCCACAAUGCAGAGGUUCUACGGCCUAACAGUGACCGGCAGCAUGGAUGAUAAAACAAUUGAGGCCAUGAAACGACCCCGCUGCGGCGUGCCAGAUAAGUUUGGAGCAGAGCUGAAGAGUAACUUGAGGAGGAAGCGUUAUGCCAUUCAGAACCUGAAGUGGCAGAAGAGAGAUAUCACGUUUUCGAUCCAGAACUACACCCCAAAGGUGGGCGAGUAUGAGACCCACGAGGCCAUCAGGAAGGCCUUCAAGGUGUGGGAGCGCGUCACCCCGCUGCGCUUCAGGGAAAUUCCCUACAGCUACAUACGGGACAAGGUGGAGGAGUUUGCCGACAUCAUGCUCUUCUUCGCCGAGGGUUUCCAUGGCGACAGUAGUCCUUUCGAUGGCGAGGGCGGCUUCCUGGCGCAUGCCUACUUUCCUGGCAACGGCAUCGGUGGAGACACUCACUUUGAUGCGGCCGAGCCAUGGACGAUUGGAAACAGGGAUCUGCAUGGUAAUGAUGUCUUCCUCGUUGCUGUGCAUGAGCUGGGCCAUGCUUUGGGUCUAGAGCACUCCAAUGACCCCUCAGCCAUCAUGGCUCCCUUCUACCAGUGGAUGGACACAGAGAACUUCCAACUUCCUGAUGACGACCGCAGAGGCAUACAACAACUAUAUGGGUCUGGAUCAGACCUUCCGCCGCCCCCUCCAUUGACACCACAGCCACCUGACCAUGACCCCCAGCCCACUUAUUCACCAGAUAAACCUCACUUUGGUCCUGACAUCUGCGAUGGACACUUUGACACCAUUGGAAUCUUCAGAGGAGAAAUGUUCGUCUUCAAGGACAAAUGGUUCUGGCGAGUACGUAACAGCCGUGUGUUGGAGGGAUACCCCAUGCCCAUUGGUCACUUUUGGAGGGGUUUACCCUCUCACAUAAAUUCUGCUUUUGAAAACGAAGAGGGGAAAUUUGUUUUCUUUAAAGGGGACAGGCAUUGGGUGUUUAGCGAAUCAAUUCUUGAAUCUGGUUACCCCAAAUAUCUGAGGGAAAUGGGCUCCGGCCUUCCCAAAGAUCGGAUAGAUGCUGCUCUCCUCUACACCCCCAAUGGACACACCUUUUUCUUCCGAGCUAACAAGUAUUAUCGUUUCAAUGAAGCAUCAAAAAGAGUGGAUGACGGUUACCCCAAACCAAUUGACAUGUGGCAGGGUGUUCCUGACAACAUUAAGGCAGCCUUCAUGAGCAAAGAUCAAGCAUAUACCUACUUCUACAAAGCCAACAAGUACUGGAAGUAUGACAAUCAGAGGAUGCGUGUGGAGCCUGGAUACCCCAAAUCAGCGCUUCGUGACUGGAUGGGCUGCCCCAAUGAGGAUCCUAAGACGGAUGGAGGAAGAGGUGGAGGAGGCCACGACAAAGACAAAGAAAGAGAGAAGGAAACGGGACGCGAGGAUAAGGACAGAAGACCUGACGACAGGGAAACGGAAAAUGAGACAGAGGAAGAAGUGGAUGUGACUAUUAUCGAGACGAGUCAGGGGAACGGAGCACUGGCUGUGGUGCUGCCGCUGUUCCUGCUGGUCUGUGUGAUUGCCACAUUGGCAGCCCUGGUGUUUUUCCGUAUGUACGGCACUCCACGCCGAAUUUUGUACUUCCAAAGAUCUCUACUAGAUAAGGUGUAAGUGGAGGAGUAAAAGGAGCCAGGGAGGAGAGAAACAGGAACAAAAAGGGAGCAAAUGUUCAACAGAUAGCCAAUCGGAAGAGAGAAGAGGUGAAGGAAAAACCCUAGACCUUUAUUUUAAAAUAUUCCUACCAUCGCUUAUCUCCUAACCACUCCAUCCUUCUGUUUUCCACUCCUUUUGCCUCCACCCAUCCUCCUGUGGUAACUGACGCCAGCUUGUUGCUGUUUGUUUUAGUCAUUUUUCAAGGUCUUGCUUGUAGUUUUUUUUUUUUUUUUACCGAUGGUAAAGUUUGUGUUCUCGUGAAUUACCAGUCUGAACCUGUAUUUCCACAACGCAGAGUGAAGCAUGUUUCUUUGCAUGGGCGCCCACCUCCAACCAAUCCUCCCCUCUUUGUUAAGCUUGAACACACUCACCUAAGCACACACACACACACUUGAAAUCCAAAGGGACAUAGUUGCUUUGUUUCUUUAUCUUCCACUAAAAAAACAUGUUGGAGCCAGUUUGAACCAUAAAAGGGAAACAAAUUUGCUGACAUCCUCAUAAAGCAAGACAUACACUCUCAAGUUACACCGUUUCUAUGGCCGAUUCAUUACCUUUGUGUUCCAUGAUGAGUUUUGUCAUGAGUGAUGUUGUCAUUAGCAUUAUGACUGUUACUAUUAUUGUUGUUGAAUGUCAUUUUUUUUGUUUUGUUUUUGUAAAUUGACAUUAAAACGUCCUGCUGGACAGAGACAUACACUUUGGAAAGUGGCCUUAAUUUUAUACAUGUGGGGGAUAGUGAACAGGGGAAUCGGGUUUUGUAUGCUUGAAAUUUGAUUGUUCUUUUUUUAUAUAUAUACAUUGAAUCUAUCUCAAAUGAAAAUAAAUUGAAGAUUUAA